CCUCCUCCUGUCUCUGUCCCGUAGUAACGGUCACCUGCAGAAACACACCGGGACUCACGGAGCUCACCGACCGAUACACGGACGUCCUGAGCGGCUGCAGGGCACCGACCCGCCGCCACUCCGCUCCACCGGUCGAACCCCAACAAUCGAUACAGGAUCAAUCGCUCUGAUGUCCGCCGCCGGUCGGAACCGGCGUGUGGCCUGCAGGACCAGCCAAUGAUGACAUCAGCGUGUGACGGAUCCCCCGCGUGAGCUGAUCGAUCAUUUCUCAGGUGUCCCAGGAUGCUGCCGGCCUCCAUCCAGAUCACAGGUGAGUUGCUGUCGGCAGCGGAGGUGCAGGACAUCUGUGAGAGCCUGAAGGAGGACAGCGUCCGGCUGCUGUCCGUCCGCGGCUGUCAGCUGUCCGACCGUGAUUUCGGACGCGUUUGUCGCAGCGUCGCAGAGUCGCAUUCCAUCGCGCAGCUCAACCUGAACCUGGGCGUGGUCUCCAGCGUGGGCCGGACCCGACACCUGGCUGACGCCCUGAAGACCAACCGCUCCCUGCAGACGCUGUUCCUCCACGGCAGCCCCCUACUGGAUGCCGGUCUGGUGACCCUGAACGCCGCCCUGUCCACCCACCCGACGCUGGUCUGCCUGGACCUGGGGGACUGCAUGCUGGGAGACCAGGCUCUGGGACUGAUCUGUGGGAUGCUGCCGCCAGAUGGAGCAAAGUCAGGGUUGAGGGAGCUCACUCUGAGCGCUAACCCAGGAAUCAGCUCCAAAGGUUGGGCUCGUCUCUCCAUCGCUGUGGCUCACAGCUCUCAGCUCCGAGUUCUGAACCUGGACUACAACCAACUGGGUGAUCAGAUUGCAGGAAUGCUGGCAGUUGCCGUGGCGUCCAGCAGAACCCUGGAGGUUCUGGACCUGGAAGGAACUGGACUGACCAACCACUCAGCACAGGUCGACCAAUCACAGAGCCCCAUUCUUCUUCUGCUCUCAUCACAGUGGUACCAGGUGUUCCUGGACAUGGUGGAGAACUACCCCACCAGCCUGAGGGUUCUAGUUCUGGCCGAGAACGACAUCAGUCCAGAGCUGCAGCAGCAGAUCGUGGACCUGCUGUCUGACGGGGACGAGGACGAGGACAGGGAGGCCAUGCCCCUCCCCACAGGCCCCACCUCCAGCAGCGCCCUGCAGCCAAUCAGAGACAAGUACCAGCCCCUCAGAGACAAGUACCAGCCAAUCAGAGACAAGUACCAGCCCCUCACCUGGCUCCCCCACAGCAACUCCGCCCUCCCGACAGUCUUGCUGACAUCAGGUCUCGGUGAGAGCUUAUUGGCUGAGACUGAGAUGUGAUCCCCCUGAAAACACCCGCUGCCUGUCACUGAUUGGUUGAAUGUCUGUCUGCACCUCCCAGCUGACGAUUUGCAGCCAAUCACUGCGCAGCACGGUUUGAUGUAGCACCAAGUGAUCUCACAGGUGUUUCUGAUGAAUGUACCUUCAGCUCUGUUGAUUGGUUCUGCUGCUCUGAUGUCACAAUAAUAAAACUGUUUACAGCUUUGUAAGAA